AUGCUGUCGAACCCUGCGAAGCUGGUCUUAUUCGGAUGCAUGCUCCAGAUCUCGAGCGUUGUCUGUCAGGCCCCACCGAAGCUCCAAAAAUCAGGCCUCAAACAGUCGGAUCAAGACAAGCAAAGGGCCGAAGAGGUCAAGACCGCAUUUGCCGGCGCCUUCGAUGAUUACAUGAAGUUCGGCUUUCCCGGCGACGAAGUUCGACCCCUCACCAAAACCGCUCGCAAUACUCGUAAUGGCUGGUCAGCUACCUUGGUUGACUCUCUCGACACCCUUCUUGUCAUGAAUCUUCAGGAUCGAUUCACGCAGGGCGUGGCAGACACUUUGAAGAUCGAUUUCUCGAAGAGUAAUACGGAAGAUGGUGUCUCAAUCUUCGAGUCGACGAUCCGAUACAUAGCCGGAAUCCUCUCAGCCUACGAGCUAUCGGGGGCUACCAACGCUGCGCUUCUCGACCAAGCCCGCAGGCUAGGCGACAGACUUCUUGUCUGCUGGCAAGACGAUCAACAGAACUUGCCCUUCCCCUUUCUUGAUUUCGCCACCAAUAAGCCCGUCGUGCGAGACUUCAUCAGUGCUGCAUCCGCAGGAUCUCUUAUCAUGGAAUUUGAUCGUCUGAGCUUUUACACCCGCCAACCUAAAUACCUGCAAUAUGCUACCAAGGCAGUGCAAACGAUCAUCAGAACUCCUUCAUCACUUCCCGGACUUCCUGGAUUGGUCUUUGGGGUCAAGAAUCAAACCAUUUUGAGUGAUUUUUCUACUUGGGGAUCUGGCACAGACUCUUACAUGGAAUACCUCUUGAAGUACGGCAUGCUUAUCGACAACAAAGACCCCUCCUACUACCAAACGUGGCAACAGGCGGUUCAAUCGUCCAUCCAGAAGCUGAUCCAAGUCUCGCCCGUUGGCAACUUGACCUACCUGGGUGGUUAUUCCAGCUCGAGCAAGACUAGCGACUACGAGUUUUCGCAUCUGGCUUGCUUUACCGGCGGAAACUGGCUGUUGGGUGGGAAAGUCUUCCAAGACAAUCAGCUGUUUGAUUAUGGCCUGAAACUGGUAGCAACCUGUAUGGAGAGCUAUAAGCGGACUGCCACUGGACUCGGCCCAGAAAUCUUCCGUUUUCUGGGACGAAACGGCGAAACCAAUGAUGAGAAGCCAAGCGCGCAAGACAUGGAGUUCUUUCGGACGAAUGGGUUCUACAUAACGAACUCCGCCUACCAUCUCCGCCCCGAGGUGAUCGAGUCUGCAUUCUAUGGGUGGCGGUUGACGGGGGACAGGCAGUACCAGGAAUUCGUCUGGCAGGCUUUCAAGUCCUUGCAGAAGUACUGCAAGGCCCCUGCUAGCUUCUCGGAUAUCGAGAACGUCAACUCUGCCUCGAACCCUAAACCGUCUGAUGCUUCGGAGAGCUUCUUGUAUGCUGAAACGUUCAAGUACAUCUACUUGACCUUUUCGGACCCCGAGCUUCUGUCCCUAGACCAAUACGUUUUCAACACUGAGGCGCACCCGUUCCGCUACCAACGCACACAAGAUGCCAGCAACUCGACCGGUCCCUCGACCCCGAUGGCGAAGACCGGCUCGAAGCGCGGAUCUGCGCCUGCAGACGCCGGCGGUCGGUUCUCGGCCGGCCUCCUUCUGAUCUGUCUGCUGUCGACCUUCGUCGGAGUGCUGUGA